AUUCGAGACGCAGACGCGGCUUCACUCCACACCCGAUGCGCAGUGAGCUCAGCGACGUUUCGCCGACACACAUGACGCUGCACGACGCGAGUUGACAGUUGUUGACAGUUCGAUAAAUCGAGAGCGUGGAUACUUCGGCCACGGCUGGCAAUCCACGAUGAGUGACUACAAAAUACCGAUGAUCGAGCCGACUAUAGACUACGCAAAGGUGCCGCCGAUCAAUCAAAAGCGCACGGUUUCCUUCAUAAAUCACUUUAUCACCUACACCGUCACGUUUCUCAACAAAUUCGCCUUGUCCUGCGAGGAGAGGCUGUUCCACUUCGAGAAUAAGCUGCAAAAGUUAGAAGCGUCGUUAGAAAUAUUAGAAUCGCGGGUACGUGUAUUCCUGCGAGAGCAUAGCGUACGGAGAAAUUGUAAGAGAGAGUUAUCUUCUAUACCUGGUUUAGAGCAAGAGCAUCAUAAAGACUCGAGUAACGUUAAUGAGAAUGAUACAAGUAAAUUAGAAGAGGUAGAAGCACGUCAAGGGGACGAGCCUGACGAUAGCGAGACGAAGCCGAAGGACGAGGAGAAAGAGGUACAGUCUGCAGUUAAAGAUCCACGCUACGAGAAGUAUCUGAAAAUGUUGCACUUUGGUGUGCAAAAAGAAGCAGUUAAGUUGAAACUGGAACAGGAAGGAUUGGAUACCUCUAUAUUAGACAAUCCGCAACAGGUAGUUUCGAUACCACGAUUGUCAGAGAACGAUGAGAAUUCAGGCGACUAAGUACUAAGGUAAUCGCUGUACGCGCCAAUCAUCUAAAGCAUAUUUAGAAAAUUUUGCAUUAUGAAAUACAGAAUAAAGACAUGUACAAAU